AUGAACUCGUCAGGUGAAAUUAUUGCGAACACUCCUGAUGCUUUCUAUAGAUUUGCAAUGCAGAACGUCGCUCCACGAAACAUUUCACACGAUGAAUUAAAUUAUAAUUCAAAUUAUGAAAACGAACAGAAUAUUCCAAUUGGAUUACCUGACACCAAUGUUCCAUACCGUGGCGUGCCAUUCGGAGUACCACGCGAGUUUUAUGAUCGAUUCGAUCGUCUUUUCGGGACCGAUCCUCAGUUUGUUGGAACACUUGAUUUUCCGCCUUUGCUUACUCCUCUUCAGCCAUUGGCACUGAGUAUGAACUCUGAAACUCUCGAGAAUGAUGAGAGAAAUCUAUCAGAGGACCAAUCACCGCAAUCAUCACCGAGCCAAGUUGAUGUCCACAAUGAAGAUAAUUAA